AUGUCUCAAACGCUCGGUCUGACGAGGCUGGCCUACUCCCGAGUAUGGCACGGCGUUUCUGCUUCUGCCCCUCAUGCCACUCUCUCGACUCAGCCCGGCGUAACGCCCCCUUCCCUCGGCCGUCUCGCCUCGCGCAUCGCUGUCCUCCUCAUGGGCAAGCACAAGCCGAUUUUCGACCCCUCUACCGACUGCGGCGACUACGUCGUGGUGACCAACUGCGCGGCCCUCCACACAACCGGCCGCAAGAAGUGGCAGAAGCCGUACUACAGGCACACGACCCGGCCUGGUAGCCUCAAGACGGUGACGAUGGAUGUGCUCAUGGAGCAGCACGGUGGCAGCGAGGUGCUACGCAAGGCUGUGCGCGGAAUGCUACCCAAGAACCGACUGCGGGACAAGCGACUGGCGAGACUUAAGGCAUUCGAGGGCGAGGCCCACCCGUAUAAGCAGAACUUGAUACGGUUCUCCGGUGUCCAGGUUGGAAAGCAGGGCUGGGAGAAGGCCGUGGAGAAGGUCCGUAACGCGGACAAGAACAGAUUAUGA